AUGUCGUUUGGCGUAGCAGUCGGUGACGUGAUUGCCGUCGGAGAGCUCUGCUGGAAGCUAUAUCGGAACGUGUAUCAGGUGUCGCGCCAUGCCCCAGCAGAGCUGAAAGCCUUGGGGAACGAACUGAACAGCUUAAAAGGCAUCCUUGACAUUCUCAAAGAGGAAAAGAUCAACCCCGACUCCGCUAUCAACCAGUCCGGACAGGGAAGGCUGGACCUCUUCAACAAGGUUCUUAGCCAGACGGGGGAAACUUUGAACCAGAUCGAGGAGUUAUCCAACAAGUACAAGAUACUCAAAAGGCCUCGGAAUGCUCAGUCCCAACGAGGAUACUUCAAAAUCCAAUGGGACAAGCUCAGAUACGCGAAAGAGCUCCACAGUAUCAACGAUCUCCGUGCCAAGCUACAUUACCACGAGGGCCAGCUAAAUCUUCUCCUUUUGCUUACCCAAGACUCCUCGCUAGAACGGAUUCAACGGCAAACCGCGAGAACGGAGGAGAUAAUUGAUGAAAUAAGGACGUUCCUUAUUCCUAGAACGCCUCUGGAGAUGAACAUUGCGACCGAGAAGUCAUUUAAGGAUCAUGAGUAG